CAUUUCAAAAGCCCUCCAAAAUCCCCAACUCCCGCUCUCGAACUAUAGGGUUUCCAUCUCCGAGACCACCCUCUUCAGCUCUCCCCCUUAGGGUUUCAAUUUCAUCCCAAUAAUGUACAUAAAGGAGAUCUGCUUGGAGGGCUUCAAAUCCUACGCCACUCGCACGGUCGUCCCUGGCUUCGAUCCCUACUUCAAUGCCAUCACGGGCCUUAAUGGUUCCGGCAAGUCCAACAUUCUUGACUCCAUUUGCUUUGUGUUGGGCAUUACCAAUUUGCAGCAGGUUCGGGCUUCCAAUCUCCAGGAGCUGGUCUAUAAGCAAGGCCAAGCUGGGAUUACUAAGGCCACCGUGUCGGUGGUGUUCGAUAAUUCUGAUAGGAGUCGGAGUCCGCUCGGUUACCAGGAUUGUCCAGAAAUUACGGUAACACGGCAGAUUGUGGUUGGUGGAAGGAACAAAUACCUGAUAAAUGGACACCUUGCCCAGCCUAGUCGAGUUCAAAACCUUUUCCACUCUGUACAGCUCAAUGUUAACAACCCACAUUUUCUCAUAAUGCAAGGGCGCAUCACCAAGGUCUUAAACAUGAAACCUCCUGAGAUUUUAUCUAUGCUUGAAGAGGCUGCUGGGACAAGAAUGUAUGAAACAAAGAAAGAGGCUGCUCUGAAAACACUUGAGAAGAAGCAGAGCAAAGUUGAUGAGAUUGAUAAGCUUCUUGACCAGGAGAUAUUGCCUGCUUUGGAGAAGUUGAGGAAAGAACGGAUGCAGUAUAUGCAAUGGGCUAAUGGCAAUGCAGAAUUAGAUCGACUUAAAAGGUUCUGCAUUGCCUAUGAAUUUGUUCAGGCAGAGAAGAUUAGGGACAGUGCAGUCUCUGGGGUUGAACAAGUAAAGACGAAGAUUGCUGAUAUUGAAGACAGUCACAAAAGGAUGCAGGUGGAAAUACAGGAAAUGGAGACACAAGUGUCAAACUUGACUGCUGAAAAGGAGGCAAGUAUGGGUGGAGAGGUAAAAGUUUUAUCAGAGAAUGUAGAUGCUCUUUCUCGUGAGCUUGUGAAGCAAGCAUCAGUACUGAAAAAUCAAGAAGACACUCUCAAGAGUGAAAAAGAGAAUGCUGCAAAGAUUGUUAGAGGUAUUGAAGAUUUAAAACAGUCUGUUGAAGAGAGGGCCUCUGCUGUCAAAAGGGCUGAAGAUGGGGCGGCUGAUCUAAAACAAAGAGUUGAGGAACUUUCUAAGAAUUUGGAAGAGUGUGAAAGAGAGUACCAGGGUGUUCUAGCUGGUAAGAGCAGUGGAAGUGAGGAAAAAUGCCUUGAAGAUCAACUAGCUGAUGCUAAAGUAGCAGUUGGGAGUGCAGAAACAGAAUUGAAACAGCUCAACACAAAAAUAACUCAUUGUGAAAAAGAUCUGAAAGAGAAAACAAAUGAGUUAAUAUCUAAGCAUGAAGAAGCUGUUUCUGUUGAGAAUGAGCUUAAUGUGAGGAGAAAGGAUGUGGAAAAUAUCAAAAUGGCAUUGGAAUCUCUUACAUACAAAGAAGGUCAGAUGGAAGCUUUACAAAAGGAACGUGCUCUUGAGCUGGGCAUGGUGCAGGAGUUAAAAGAUGAGACAAGGAUUCUUUCUGCUCAACUGGGAAAUGUUCAGUUUACAUACCAUGACCCAUUGAAGAAUUUUGAUAGGUCAAGGGUGAAAGGUGUGGUUGCAAAACUAAUUAAAGUGAAGGAUAGCUCCACAAUGACUGCCUUAGAGGUUGCUGCUGGUGGAAAGUUGUUUAAUGUUGUUGUAGACACAGAAAACACUGGAAAACUACUGCUUCAAAAUGGUGAUCUCCGGAGAAGAGUAACGAUCAUUCCGUUGAACAAAAUUCAAUCCCAUACUGUUCCUUUAAGAGUUCAAAAAGAAGCUUCUAGAUUGGUUGGUAAGGAGAAUGCAGAACUGGCUCUUUCUUUGGUUGGAUAUGAUGAGGAACUGAAGAGUGCAAUGGAAUAUGUGUUUGGUUCAACCUUUGUUUGUAAAAGGAUUGAUGCUGCAAAGGAGGUUGCUUUUAACAGGGAUAUCUCCACUCCAAGUGUUACUCUUGAUGGUGAUAUAUUUCAACCAAGUGGUCUUCUGACUGGUGGUAGUCGCAAAGGUGGUGGUGAUCUAUUGAGGCAACUUCAUGCUUUGGCAGAGGCUGAAUCAAAACUUUCAACUCAUCAGCAGAAGUUAUCAGAAAUUGAAGCAAAGAUCGCCGACCUCAUGCCUCUUCAGAAGAGGUUCAUGGACCUUAAAGCGCGGUUGGAACUUAAGUCGUAUGACCUUUCAUUAUUUCAGAACAGGGCUGAGCAAAAUGAGCAUCAUAAGCUCAGUGAACUGGUUAAAAGGAUUGAGCAGGAGCUUGGGGAAUCAAAGUCAGCUGCUAGAGAAAAGCAACUUCUGCUUGAAAACUGUAUAAAUACAGUGUCACUGCUUGAGAAGUCGAUCAAAGAGCAUGCUACUAAUCGGGCUGGCAGGCUUAAAGAUUUAGAGAAGAAGGCAAAGGCUUUAAAGUCUCAAAUGACAUCAGCUUCCAAGGACCUCAAGAGGCAUGAGAAUGAAAAAGAGAGGCUUAUUAUGGAAAUGGAAGCAGUCAUAGAGGAACGUGCAUCUUUGGAGAGUCAACUAACAUGUUUGAGAGGACAAAUUGACAGUCUCACAUCAGAAGUAGAUCAACUUAAGAACAAGGUUUCUUCAGUAAAGAACAAUCAUGAUCAGGCUCAAUCUGAGCUCAAUUUGAUCCGUUUGAAGAUGAAGGAAUGUGAUUCUCAAAUUAGUUGCAUUCUCAAGGAGCAGGAGAAGCUUCAACACAAACUCAGUGAGAUGAAUAUUGAAAGGAAGAAGCUGGAAAAUGAGGUAAAACGAAUGGAGAUGGAACAAAAAGAUUGCUCUUCAAAGGUAGAAAAGUUAAUUGAGAAGCAUGCCUGGAUUGCAUCAGAAAAGCAGCUUUUCGGAAGAAGUGGAACUGAUUAUGAUUUUGCAUGCCGUGAUCCUAGUAAAGCCAGGGCUGAACUUGACAAACUGCAAACUGAACAAUCAGGCCUGGAGAAAAGGGUGAAUAAGAAAGUUAUGGCAAUGUUUGAGAAAGCAGAAGAUGAGUACAAUGAAUUAAUAUCCAAGAAAAGCAUAAUUGAGAAUGACAAGUCAAAAAUCAAGAUGGUGAUUGAAGAGCUGGAUGAAAAGAAGAAGGAAACAUUAAAGGUUACUUGGACUAAAGUUAACAAGGACUUUGGAUCCAUCUUUUCUACUCUAUUACCAGGCACAAUGGCAAAGCUGGAACCUCCUGAAGGAUGCAGUUUCUUGGAUGGUCUUGAGGUUCGUGUUGCAUUUGGAAGUGUUUGGAAACAGUCCUUGUCAGAAUUGAGUGGAGGGCAACGUUCACUGCUUGCACUCUCUCUAAUCUUGGCAUUGCUCCUCUUCAAACCAGCUCCACUUUAUAUUCUGGAUGAGGUCGAUGCUGCCCUUGAUUUAAGUCACACUCAAAACAUUGGAAGAAUGAUUAAAUCCCAUUUCCCACAUUCCCAGUUCAUUGUGGUUUCUCUUAAAGAAGGCAUGUUCAAUAAUGCCAAUGUUCUUUUCCGGACAAAAUUUGUGGAUGGUGUUUCCACAGUUCAGAGAACUGUUGCAGCUAAGCAGAACAAGUGAUUUUGCUAUCUUCUUAGUUUCUGUAUUAAAGCGGUAUGUCCUGACUCAGUUUGAUGUAUAUAGUUGUAAUCCCUACAUGACAAUACUAUUGACCAAUUUGUAGUGGUGGGAAGUUACAGUGCCAUUCCUAUUUUACA